AAAAUAAGGUUAGGCGAAAAGGAAAACUAAAAAAAUAGAAGCAUUUUUACAAGGAAAAACGACACCAUGUGACCUUCAACCCGAUAACCUUGCAGCGGGUCGACUCGAUGGAUGUAUAUGGCCCAUUUUUCUCACCAAGUUAAGAUCAAAAUGACCAAUCAGUGGAUCGACCCGCGAAUUGACAACCGUAUUCGAUACAAAUUUCCAAACACAUUUCCUGUUUUGGCAAGCAAGAAUGAGAGAAUUGUGGUGGCCGGUGGGGCGCUUACUUGCAGAUGAGGAGGGGAAUGGAGGCGAGAAGCUUAGCAACGCCAGAGAGGAGGGACUAGCGAGCUAGAUAAACCCGAUGAGCGACGUGAACGAGUUCAGGGACCGACAAGCCGUUGUGAGGUGGGUCCUCGAGCAUUCUCACGGGAUGUGCCUUUCUGGAUUCUCGCUCUUUCCUAGCCCGGCGAAUCAACUCUGUUACGGGACUAACAUACGGCUUCCUCUCCGAUUUGUCCCGCCGGGGCUUGGGUACGUCGGCAUAUGGAGGAUCGCAGAAGAAGCGGUGAUGGAUCAGACGGGUGCACAGUUUUUCUAGGUGGAGAUACUCAGCGAUUCGCCUCCACUGCAUGUGCUCGUCGUCACAGAGGACUUUUGUCGAACAGUUGGCGUGCGUUGAGACGUGUUUCGGCAAAUGCCUGCAAAUGGCGGCAUAGUGGUCAGAUUCAGGAAGGGAGGAGCAGCAGCAUAGAGCUUAGUGGCCUUGCCCAAUCCAGACACAGUUUUAUGGCAAAUUCGAUCUUAUCAAAGAAUUUGACUUGUCAACACUCAACAGUACGUUUAGCGAUACCGAACCAAGGAAGCAACAGGACUCUUGCGCGAGGAGUAAUCUGUAAUCCUGAGUCUCAAUAAUCAUUCAAGGCCACUUACGGGCUAUGGCGAGAUUACCUUCCGGAUUUUCGGUUCCGAACUUUCUUCAAGGAGCUUCAAAUUCUGAACUUGCAGCGAAGUAAUAUCGAUGCCGAUCAUAAACGAUACGGUAAAGU